GGUCUACGAGUAAACGCUAUUAAAAAGAGAAAAAAAUAAUAAUACCAUACCUCAGGCAGGGAGGAUACGUGCAGUAAAGUGUGUUACUGCGUGAAGAUGUGUGUGUGCGCUUGAGUAGAAUCAUCGUCCAUUCGAAAGGGCAGAAGCCUCAAAGUAAUUGAAGCAAAUUUACACUUCAGACACUCAUUGAAAGUAAACAGCGUAUAAAAUAACAACAACGAAAAAACAAUAAUAUAAAAACGCUUGCUCGGAGGGGGCACUUAGAGCAAACAUACAUAGCAUGUAGAGUUACGAUGAGAAGCGAGAGCUAAGGAGAAUCGCGUUGAUGGCUAAAAAAGAAAUUAAAAGGAAUCAAAUAUCGAAAGCUGUGGGCAAAGCAGGGCAAGAAAAAAAAAAAACGUUUAUCAUAGCUACUGCACAACAACAACAUUAAGCAGCAAAAGCAGCCAGCAUCGCAGCAUCAGCUGCCACAGAGAACAAUGCGUUUAGAGAGAAGAAUGCUUAUAGCCAUAGUCGUCGUAGCCGCAAACUGAGUAUGCGCCAAAAAAGUGAUUGUGCACAGCGCAACAACGGCAACUACACCGAUUUGCCGCCGACAACGAUUGUUUUGGCGAUGCCUCAAAACAGAGGCAAGUGCCACGAUACACACAGAGCAUAGAUAGAUAGCACGCGUGCAGCAAUACAGCUAGAGCCAGGCAGUCAACCAGCCAGGAAGCCAGGCAGCCAGGAAGCCAGGCAGCCAGCAAGCAAGUCAACAUCCAUCCAACGAACCGAUGUAGCAGCCAGUUUACAGACAACAGAAUAAACCAACGUAACGCACACAGGCGAGCCACACCACCAGCAAAUAGAAAACAAAAAGAAAAAAAAUCUAACGAAAACACUCAUAGCAGACACUUUCACCCGCACCAGCGUUGUGUUUAUGGUACUCGUCGUCGUGCUAGUGCUCGUGCUUGUGGUGCAACAAUGAGUUAUCCCGACAAAGGAUAACAGCCCUUGGAACAUGUAGUACGUGUACAAAAGCGAGCGAGGUUCAAAACCUAUUACUCGUACCCCGUACAACAACAAAACCACAUAACAGCUGCUCUUGCACUGUGGAAUAAAGUGGGUGCAGCAGCGGAAGCGUUAACUUAAUACAAAUACAAAGGCGAAAUUCAACUUAAACGAUUGCAAACGAAGCCAAAGGAAGCGUUGAAGUAGAGCAAAAGCGCAAAUAGAAAGAAAAAGAAAAGUAGUAAAAAAACUGAACGUAAAACUUCCGAUCGAGACGACCGCAUUGCAUAAAUUAUAUAAUAUUUGAAAUCAAAGUAUAUCGGCCGCAGCAUGCCGAUAAAAAUGAGGCGAACGAAGUUGACAUUGCACACGACAACGGUCAAAAUGAAGCAGCUGACUUGACCAACAAAAGCAAAAGCGCAAGAAAAAACAGAGAAAAACGGCGCGGCUGUUGGCGCGCUAGCAGCUGGAUCAACAGCAGUGGUAGCAGCAGCAGCAGCAGCAGCAGUAAGAUUAUUAACUACAACAACGAUAACAGCAGCAACAACGGCGCAGUGGCAGCAUUGUCGCAUUGGCGUUGGACGACUUGGUUGUGGUGGUGGCGGUGGCGGUGGCACAGGCCACAGUGGCGGUGGCAAUGGCGAUGGCGAUGGCAAUGGCAAUGUUGGUGGCGAUGGCGGCGCCAACCGACCUACCGGUCGUUGGCUUGGCCAACAUUACACAUCAAUAGCCAAUGGCUGCAAGCUAUCAGACAACUAAAUAUUUACUUUAUUCUCCUGCGUGUACACUGUAUGUUGAUACUUAAUUACUUUACGCCCAGAACAAGCAGAAGUGCAAGCAACGACAACGACAACGACAACGACAGCGACGACGACGACGAGCAAACACCAUCAUCAGCAGCACUUAAAGUUGCGUAUACGCCCCAUUGCACCGGCAGUAGUAUAGCUAAAAACAACACUAAUGCCAGUGACAACAGCAGCUGCAGUGCUCAUCACAGCAGUCAAUGCAGAUGCCGCCGCCGCAGCAGCAGUGCGUUUAAAUCAAAAAUCAACUAUAGCAGGCCCGCCACCAGAGCCAACACCAACACCAGCACUUCUGCUAAAGUCAAUUGCAAUAAGUUAAAGUUUGCAAAACCAAUCAGCAAUAAUAGCACAGGCAGCAGCUGUGGCCAAAAAUCGAAAAGUCACUGCCAGCAUGAAAACAAUAACAAUGGUAUGCAGCAGCAGCAGACGGGGAGGGUAACGGCGAUGGAGAAGACACCGAAGAGCCAGUGGUGGCGGCAGUGUGUAGUCCAUAGUGUCGUUUAUAUAAAAUGGCUGAUUUUCGAGCAUUUUGUAAAUCACUUCAUUACCAUGCAAAUUGGGGCAACACUUUAUGCUGCAACAGCAACAACAAAUGCAACAGCAAUAGCCAAAACAACAAUGGUGACGGGCAACAAAGCAGCUAAACCCACUUUCACUUCAAUCACUUGCACAAACACAAAUACAGCCACAAUGAUAACCACAACCACAACCCCAACCACAGCUACAAAUGAAAAAGUAAACACAAACGCAGACACAACGAGAAGUGCAACAAUCAAAACUUAUAGCAGAACAAAAAGGAGAAGAAGAAGCAGCAGCAAAAGUAAAAGCAGCUGUAGUAGCUGUUGGAGCAGCAGCGGCGGCGGCGGCGGCGGCGGCGGCGGCGGUGGUGGUGCUGGUGCUGGUGCUGGUGAUGGCGACACGUUGACAAUGCCUCAAAUUAAAGGACCACAACGACAAGGACGAGGACGCGGACGAGGACGAGGACGACGACUACAAGGAAUUUGCAUUAUAAGACUGAUAUCAUUAAAGAGAUUUCUUCAAAUUCCUAAGCAACAAUCAAAUGUAUUACUUAAGCGUAUAAAAAACUGCCUGAGCGCCAUUAGCACGGCUGUCAGCUGUCAGCUGUGGCGACGAAUAGUACGAAAUGUGCGUGCGAAAGCGUCAGUGGCGGCAAUAAAUGCAGAAAUACAGCAAAUCAAGAGUAUAGAAGCAGAUGCUUUGAUAAAAAAAGAAGCAAAAUCAGUAACAGCAGCAACAACAACAACAACAACAACAGCAACUGAAACAAAACCAGCAGCGGUAAAAGUGUUAAGGUUAUCACCUCAAAAGCGCACAUUCAAGCCAGUAACGCUUCCAGCGCUUUUGCCACCUAAACAGCAACAGCCGCCACAGGCACAGCCAUUAAAAGCGUUAACGCCAUCAAUGCCAGCAACUGCAGCCCAUCAGCCAUCUACACUCCUUCCCCAAGCCACACUCAAACCGCAAACUGGAAACCAACUGCACGCUCAACCACAACCGCAACUAAUGCACUAUCAGCAGCAGCAGCUGUUACAACAACAUCUACUAAAAGUUGGUUACGCAUCCAUCUUACAAUGCGCAUCUGCCGCAGGUGAAGCGUUGAAGUGUUUAUGCCGUCACGUUAUGCGUUUCUUAGUUAAAUUUCAUAGCCGUUGGCGUUUAGUUUUGCACUUUGGUCGCGUGUCGUUGUUGCAUCGCUCGCUCACUGUGUUGAUUUUGUUAUCUUCGUUGUGGCAUGGCACUGAGUGUUUUCAUGGCAGCGUCAAAUUGAGCGCCAAUACGGUGAAAACCAAAUAUGGUCUGUUGCGCGGCAUUGUGGUGCGCUCUAGUCCGCUCGUGGAAGCCUAUCUGGGCAUACCGUAUGCAUCGCCACCUGUCGGAAGUUUGCGAUUUAUGCCACCCAUUACGCCAUCCACAUGGAAAAAUGUACGAAAUGCAGAUCGCUUCUCACCCGUAUGUCCGCAAACGGUGCCAAUACCGCCUAACGGACCAGAAGCGUUGCUAGAAGUGCCGCGUGCUCGAUUAGCACAACUACGACGACUGCUGCCAUUGCUGAGUAAUCAAUCGGAAGACUGUUUAUAUUUAAAUAUUUAUGUUCCAUAUGAGAAUCGACGAAAAAGGCGCUCGACUGGGCCGAACAGCAUGGAGCACAUACACGAUCCACCCACAAUCUUGCUCGCCACCCUGCUACUCAUACACGGUGAAUCGUACGAGUGGAAUUCCGGCAAUCCUUACGAUGGAUCAGAGUUGGCAGCGCAUGGCAAUGUUAUCGUAAUCACCAUCAAUUUUCGGCUUGGCAUAUUUGGCUUCUUAAAAACUGGUGGCAAAGAGAGUGCACAAGGGAAUUUCGGUCUAAUGGAUUUGGUUGCUGGCUUACAUUGGCUGAAGGAAAAUUUACCUGCCUUUGGUGGUGAUCCACAACGCAUCACACUGUUGGGUCAUAGUACCGGUGCGGCGUUGGCCAAUAUUUUGAUGGUAUCGCCGGUGGCAAGUGAUCUUGUGCAACGCGCAGUAUUGGUAAGUGGCUCUGCGCUAUCACCAUGGUCCAUACAAAGGAAUCCGUUGUUCGUGAAGCGACGUGUAGCCGAGCAGACAGGCUGUCAUGGCGAUAUGUUGUAUGAUGAUUUGGCGCCUUGCCUGCGAACGAAGACUGUUAAGGAGCUAUUGGCUGUGAAAAUCGAUCAUCCGAGAUUUCUAAGCGGCUUUGCGCCUUUCAUUGAUGGCACAGUUAUAUCGCCGAAUACCGAUUCAGUUGGAGAAUUGACACUGCCUUUGGGUUCAGUCAUAGUUAGUACAUCAGGAAUUGAAUUCGCAAAUUUUCCAAAACGCGACCUCAUUUUUUGCCUUACCUCAGUGGAAUCGUAUCUGGAUUUGAGUGCACAAGAUUUGGAAUUUGGUUUUAAUGAAACACGACGCGAUCGCAUACUAAGAACAUUUGUUCGAAAUAAUUUUCAUUAUCAUUUAAAUGAAAUAUUUGCUGUGUUAAAGAAUGAAUACACCGAUUGGGAGAAAGCGAUACGCAGCCCGCUGAGUUCUCGCGAUGCUACGCUCUCGUUUUUGAGUGAUGGCCAUACAGCAGCGGGUCUCAUCAAACUAGGCUACAUGCAUAGCUUACGCGGUGGCCGCAGUUAUUUUUUACAUUUUAAGCACCGAACAGUCGAGGAGGAGUAUCCGCAGCGAACUGGUUCCGUUCGUGGUGAAGAUGUGCCUUUUUGGUUAGGAUUACCCAUUUCACCACUCUUCCCGCACAACUAUACAACUCAGGAGAAACAGAUUAGUCGCCUUAUGUUGCGCUAUCUCGCAAAUUUUGCGAAAACGGGCAAUCCAAAUCAUUCAGGUUUAGACACACCAUCCAUAUCUGCAUCAACGUCCAAAUUGCCGGUAUUCACAGCACAGCUCAUGGAGCAUGGCAAAGUGAAGCGCGCCUCACUCAAGUCGCUAAAUGCUGUCAAUAAAUUUUUCAAUCUCACCGCGCCGCAUCUACUCGCACUCCAACACGGCAAUGCCGUAUUAGAUGCGCAAGGCUCGCUAAAUCUCGCUUUGUUCUACAAUCAGCGGCGUAGCGGCGCAAUGCGUGAACGGCGAGCUUACUACAAGCGACACUUGCGCAAUAACAACAACAACAACAACAACAACAACAACAACAACGAAUCUAAUGAACUGUUGAAUGCAGCAUUGCAACGAUUUGCUGCUGCCGACGAACCUAACCGCGGCGAACAUUUGCCAUUUUGGGAUGCCUACGAUGUGGUGAAUCAACUCUAUUUGGAGCUGGGCAAUAAAGCAGAAGUGCAGAGUCAUUAUCGUGGACAUAAAUUGUCUAUGUGGUUGAAUUUAAUACCACAGCUGCAUAAGCAUUCCAACAUCAAUGAUCAGUCGAUGCGCCAUCAUCAGUUCCCGGAAGAUAUCAGUAAUCGUGAUUUGUACGAAGGCGUCGUACGUCCACAGCUGCAAACGAAGCCGCUAGACGAUGAAGAUACGGUUGUAGUGAAAACUCCAAAAUCGACCACACCCACAAAGGUUGUGAGCAACAAUACCAAGACUGGCGGCAAUGCCUUGGCAGGCACCGUAACGACAGAAUGCAACCCCGAUGGCACAGCGUACGCUAACGUCGGCGAUAGCGCAACCACGCAACCACCAGCAACAUCUGACAAUCGCUCGAUGUUGGAAGGUGGCACACCACAAAAGGACUUAGCCACCGCCUCCACGGGUAUCAUAGGCAAUUUGGAAAUGUUUCGACGCCUUAGCGGCAAGCAAUUUCCCAGCUACACCACUGCGUUGAUAGCCACUGUAGCUGUGGGCUGCUUUCUGCUAACACUAAACAUACUCAUCUUUGCCGGCAUCUAUCAUCAGCGCGAGAAGCGUGCACGCGAUGCUAAAACCAAGGAGGAGCUACAAGAUAAUGACACAAGCAAGAACUCCAGCAUACUCAAGUUGAAUGCACUUGCCGAUGAUGAUGGCAGUGUACAUUUCGAUGGCAUCCCUAGCAAAAGUACAGUGGUUUUUGGCGAAUAUAACUAUUAUGAUGAGAAACUUAAGUGUUCCAAGGAUGAGAAACUGCUCGUUGACUUGCCACCAAUAACUCAGACAACUGCACAUAUGGAAUUGAAUUGGCCCGGUGGUUCUGGCUCUACAAGCACAUUGGAUUUACUUAAAACGAAACAUCAUCACAGCAUUAUGGAGGCGCCCACUUGCAGCGGUAGCGGCAACGGUGGCAAAGACGUCAAUGAAUUGCAACACCUACAAGCUAUUAGCAACCUAGAAUUGGCAACUUACAAUACACAAAUGCCCAUUGUGCCCGGUGGCAUUGCUAUGCUAGAGUCAGCAAUGAUUAUGCCUGGCGGCCGCCGCAACUCAUUUGCCACUAGCGGCAGUCAAACAACCAUGCAGUUCGAUUAUGCUGUACAAUCCUCAGAUCAGUUAUCUUUUAAAGAAAUCGAAAAUGCUGUUAAAGUCUCCACGGAUGAUAUAAUCAAUGAUAUGGACGAUGACAUACCAGAACCGCCACCGCCACCUAGAUCAUUUCAAAGCGUACACCACCAGCAACAGCACGGACAGCACCAGCAGCAGCAACAAGGUGGCAUAUUACGUUCGUCUGGCUCAAAUACGGUUUCGAGCACGAGCGGCAAGAAACGUGUACAUAUUCAAGAGAUUUCAGUUUAGAAAUAGAGUCUACAUAGAACUCAAAUACGAAUACUAAUAAUAACGUAGGUAAUGCAUACAAUUACUAAUGAAUACUAAAUAAUAUUGAAUAUCGUACAAUGUACUCCUCAUAUGUAUUUACAAUCUUAUUUAGCCUUAUUUUGCAAUAGUUUAGAAGUGAUAGAUAUGGUACGCUUAUAAUUUUCUCCACUUUCAAUACUAAAAAUUUCCUUUGCUUUUCCUACGACUAUGUAGUUUGAUGUGCACGCGUACCAUUUUCCAUAGGUAUACAUAAACGAAUGAGUUAAAAUACAAAUAGUUCCACUACUUAAAUAUUGCAACUGCGAAAUCUAUUGUGUAUACUUACACACACACAUUCAUAUAAAUGAUACAUACUAAGUAAAAUACUCGCUACACUUCAAAAAUGUUACUUUCCAUUCAGCAAUCCUUUUUAGGGUCUCCAAACUGGCUAGCUGGCUUCUUAUUUAGCAAAUAAACCUAUCAUAUUCUGCUGUAAAUUAUAUUGUAUUUACGUUUUAUAACAAUUAAGAAUUUUCAGAUGCAAUACGUAUACAUAUUUGUGCGUAUUAAAAUAAAAUAAUUAUUUACUGUAUAAUAUUGUAUGGUGACUAUAUGAAUGUAAAUGUAAUGUAAGAAUCAAAUUCUUUUUUAGUACUAAUAAAUUUAUAUUUAUUGUUGGACAAAAUAUGGAGUGAAUUUUUAUUAAAAGGCAGAAUUUUAUUAAAGGCUCUAAAUAUUUACAAGUACAUUAUUUUUAUCUAAUCUCUUCAUAAGUUAAACAUUAUUUUGAAACAUUCGGUUAUUGGUCUUUAUUGAUUAACUUUUUGUUUUAUUUUAUUAAUUUUUA